AUGGCGUCGGGUUCUGAAACGUACCCGGAUUCCACGAACCUGAAGUUGCAAGAGCUGUUAAAAGAGGUUCAGCUAGAUUACUCAGCUGUAAAUACUGCAAUCGUCAACAAUGUAGUUUCCUCCAUUAGAGAAGCCAUCAGCAAUAUCCCAGAAGGCCUCCAGGUUAAUGCUGAUGUUGCACCCGGUUUUGUUCGAGAUAUUGGCGCGGAUAAAGUGGAGUUUAAGUUUAGGACGCCCAAGUCCUUAGAAAUUGGGGGGAGUUAUUCAAUUCAGUGUGCGGUCAGGCCGGAUGUGAACAUAGAUCUUUUCUUGAGGCUCCCGAAGGAGUGCUUCCAUGAAAAAGACUACUUAAAUUAUCGUUACCAUGCAAAGAGAUUCCUCUAUCUAUGCAUGAUCAAGAACCAUUUGAAACAAUCUUCUAUAGUCCAAGAUGUAAAAUGGUUAGCUUUUCAUAAUGAGGCGCGCAAGCCGGUGUUGGUUGUUUAUCCAGUUGCUCGAUUAUCGGACAACACUGUAUUCUCCCUGAAACUAAUACCCACAGCACCUUCUCUAUUCACCUUAUCAAAACUGAACCCUCAGAGGAACAAUAUCCGCUGUGUGAGUCAAGCUACGCCAAGGUACAACAGCAGUAUUUUGGAGGAUAUGUUAAUUGAGGAUAAUUCGGAAUUCAUUAAGAAAACUUUUGCGGGACACAAGGAACUGAGGAAGGCUCUGUUACUAUUGAAAGUUUGGGCUCGCAAAAAUUUUCUAUUUGUUCAUGACUGCCUAAGCGGAUUCCUGAUCACUGCCAUUGUUGCUUACCUUGCAUCAAAGUCUGGUAAAAACCGAAUCAACAGUUCGAUGAAUGCCGUGCAGAUUUUGCGCAUCACAAUGGAUUUCAUUGCCAAUUCUAAGGCAUGGGACAGUGGACUAUUCUUUCAACCUGAAGGCGAGAGAAGUAUUUCAAAUAAGGAGAAGAAAACCCAGUUGCAGUCAUUUCCAAUAAUCAUCUGUGAUUCACAUGUGAACUAUAAUAUGGCAUUUCGGAUGUCAACUGGUGGUUUCCAAGAGCUUCGUGAUGAGGCUGCUCUAGCCCUUGCUUGCAUGGAUAAAUGUGAAAGUGGUGGUUUUGAUGAGAUCUUUAUGACGAAGAUAGAUUAUCCUGCCAAAUAUGACUGUUGCAUUAGAUUGGACUUGAAGGACAACCAAGAUUUCCGCAUUUCUGGAUUUUGCUUGGAUGAUGAAUGUUGGAGGUCUUACGAGCAGAAGGUGCUUGGGGUCAUUGAUGAGGCGUUGAAAGGGAGAAGUAAGCUUAUUAGAGUAAUCUGGAGAAACACCUCUGGUGAAUGUAAUUUUGAAAAUGGUCUAUCGACACUAAAUGGAGAAUCUAUUUUUAUUGGAAUAGUGAUUGGAUCUGUGGAAGAAGCGUUCAAACAGGCAAUCGUUGGCCCUAGUCCUGAAGACAAAGAUAAGGCUGUGGAAUUUAGAAAGUUCUGGGGAGAUAAAGCUACACUAAGAUGGUUCCGUGACGGUAAAAUUGCUGAAGUUGCAGUUUGGGAGCAUGAUGAAUGGGAAAAACAUCUUAUUAUAAAGGAAAUAGCUGAGCAUGUCCUAAUACGCCAUUUAUCUCUUCCGAAACAGAGCAUUGUUCCCGUUGUAGAUCAACUUGAUUUUGUUCUUUGCUAUGGGAAUAGAGAUCCAAUAUCCUUUUCCAAAAAUUUGUUGAAGGCAUAUGAGGAACUGUCUAAGCUUCUACGACUUCUUGAUGACAUUCCUUUGAAGAUAUCCAGCGUGCAGCCUCUGGAUUCAGCUUUUAGGUUGACCUCUGUAUUUCCCCCUGCACCACAUCCAUUAGCACAUGAAGGCAAUCAGAUGAAAAUGAAGAAACCCACUGCGUCAUGUAUACGGCCAUUAGAAAUAAUGAUUCAGCUGGAAGGUUCUGGAAACUGGCCAAUGGAUGAGGUUGCGAUGGAGAAAACUAAGUCUGCCUUCCUCCUUAAAAUUGCCGAAAGUCUUCACACCAAAAAAGGAAUUACCAGUACAGCUACAGAGGACGAUGUUGAUAUUCUUAUGUCUGGAUAUGCAUUUCGUCUAAAAAUUUUGCAUGAGAGAGGCUUGAGCUUGGUCAAAAGACAAGGUGGUGCCCAAAACAAGCGUGUUUUAUCUUCAGACAAAAAGCUUUUCCUUCGUAGUCAGCAUUCUAGCAUGAUUAAUGGUUUAAGAGGUCGAUAUCCAAUAUAUGGGCCAGUUGUUCGGCUUGCAAAACGCUGGGUAUCUGCACAUCUAUUUUCAAACAUAUUGUCUGAAGAGGCAGUUGAGGUUUUGGUCGCGCACUUAUUUUUGAAGCCUCUGCCAUUCAGACCACCAUGCUCCCGAAUAACUGGAUUCCUGAGAUUCCUGAGGUUGCUGUCCGAAUACGAUUGGAGUUUCUCUCCUUUAAUUGUUGACAUCAAUGGUGAUCUAACUCCGGCAGAUAGCAACGAAAUCAAUGAGAUUUUCAUGUCAACUAGAAAAGGUUGCGAAGAGAAUCCUCACAAUCUUAAACCUGCCAUGUUUUUGGCAACGAACUAUGACAAAGAAUCUGAAGCUUGGACCAGCCAGUCACCAUCUGCGGCAGACCUCAGAAGACUUGCGGCAUAUGCAACCAGCAGUGCUAAUUUCUUGAACAACAUCAUUAUGAAGAAUCAAAAUGAUCAUUACCAAUGGGAAUGCGUUUUCCGGACACCUCUGAACAACUACAAUGCCGUCAUUCUUCUGCACAGGGACAAACUACCUUAUCCACAACACCUUCUGUUCCCAUCUGAAGUCAAACUAGGGAAGAAUGUGAUACAUGGAAAACCUAGCAAAACUUUCCAACCUUUCUUAUUGCCUGGAGAUCUGAGAGGGAGCCCAGAUGAACUCAAAAAUAAGCUAAUGGUGAACUUUGACCCGCUAAGAUAUUUUGUCAAUGACAUCAAGGCAAAGUUUGCGGACACAUUUAAUGUGUGGUACGAUUCUUUUGGAGGCGAUGCCAUUGGUCUCACUUGUGGAAAUAAAAGUUCAAAGAAACGAGCAAGGGAUGGUGAUGUAGAGGAUAACACUGAUCUACUUGAUGUGCUGAAAUCUGUGGGUCAAGUGGGCAAAGGAUUGGUGAAAAGUGUUCAUUUUAUCAAGGCUCCAAAACUAAGCAGUUGA